AAGAAGUGCGGUCCAGUGGUAGAUGGAAGAAGUGGGUCCCACCUUGUCUACUUAUCAAUCCAACCCGUCCAUCAGAUACGUUCCCUGAUGUCACCGGGCCAAUCUAAGUUGCAGAACAGCCUUAUUUUUUUCUCGACUCUUCAUCCAGGGCAAACGAAGGGUCUGGACGGCCUGGAUUCCGUGUACACAACACGGCUCAACUCGUCCCCUGUGCUGCGGCCCACCUCAGUUUUCGUUUGGGUCGAUUUUUGGGACCGAGGGAUGAUGUGAGGCAAAUCAUCUGAUGGACGAGUGGGAUCUCAUGAAUACAUCACGUGAGUCCCACAUCUUCCCUGUACCGCUGGAGCACGCCCCUUCCAUUGCAGAUUCAUCAGUUCUGCCCUCGGUGAAGAAACCAAGAAGAAUGACUACAGAUUCCUCCAUAGACGGAUUCCAGAAAUACGCAGAUUACCUCAACCAGCUGAACGAGAAGCGGGAGAGGGUCGUGAAGGCAAGUCGUGAUGUGACAAUUAACAGCAAAAAAGUCAUUUUUCAAGUCCACAGGAUCGGUAAAGAUAAUAAAGAAGACAUUUUGGAGAAGGCAGGAAAAGAUCUCACUGCCGUGAAUGAUCUAUAUAUGUCGAAAUUAGUUAAGGAAUUGGAAGGGACUGAUUUUUGGAAGCUCAGACGGGCUUAUUCUCCUGGGGUUCAGGAAUAUGUUGAAGCUGCAACAUUCUAUAACUUUUGUAAGAAUGGGACACUGUUGAACCUUGCCGAUAUCAAUGCUAGUUUGUUGCCGCUGAGUGAUCCAUCCCUCGAGCCCUUGCAGAUAAAUGUCAUUGACUAUCUACUAGGGGUUGGGGACUUGACGGGAGAGCUAAUGAGACUUGCCAUUGGCCGAAUAUCAGAUGGCGAACGUGAAUAUGCUGAGAUGAUAUGCAGUUUCGUACGCAACAUAUACAGGGAACUAACCCUUCUUGCCCCAAUCAUGGACGACAGCUCUGAGAUGAAGAAGAAAAUGGAAACCAUGCUUCAAAGUGUGGUAAAGAUAGAAAAUGCUUGCUUCAGCGUGCAUGUCAGAGGAUCUGAGUAUAUUCCGUCACUCGGAUCAGGCGAUCCAAGCUAUGCCUUCUUGGGCAUACCAGACGUCGAGCUGUGAACUAACUCUUACCGCUUGGUCAAGAUAUGUUUAUCAGAGUUUCAGUACUCACUUUAUGAGUGAAAGAUUUCAGCUGCUGAUUGAAUGGGCCUCUCCAUGUAUGUGGCAUGCACUGAAAAUCAGUCCAAUUACCAGACGGGCUUGAAUGUGGACUUCCCAAUUGGUCAAGUCUGUUUAUUCAUCCAUGUUUUCAGUGGAAGUGGAACUGACCUGACUAUUGGAUCAGUUGGGUCGCGGCACCUGAUGAAUGGCCUGGGCCUCCCACACACAUACUAAACAUGUGUAAUCAUCAAACAUGA